UCGACACCCCCAAGCCCUUCUCUCUCUCUCUCUCUCUCCGGCGAGAGAAGAUUCAGAUUUGCUGGAGAUCGCUGACCCGCCCUAAUAACAUCGUUUGCUCAGAAACGAAAAUCGGAAGCUCAGCUUUGACGGAAUCGCCUUACGACAGCGAGGACGAGGACAGAAACCAUGAGGAGUCCCUUCGUCAAUCCCUCACCUUCCCCUUCCCGCUCUCCUCUCAGAUUCACCCCAGCCUCCUCCCCCAUGCGACACACCUUGUCCGAGUCCCUCGUCAAGGAGAACAUCGACAGAGCCGAGUCCCUCAUCGCCAAGUGGGACCUUUCCCGCCACUCCCCCUCCUCCUCCUCCUCCUCCCUCUACCGCGACUGCCGCCCGGAGGCCAAGCAGUUCCUCAAGUCCGUCAGGGACUUGCAGGCCGCCAUGCACUUCUUCGUCAAGCAGGACUCCGCCUCCGACAAGCUCGUCCGCCCCCAGUCCCUCAUGCAGACCGCCAUGAAGCGGCUCGAGAAGGAGUUCUACCUCAUCCUCUCCACCAACCGCCAGUACCUGGACCACGAGUCGGUCUCGGCCCGCUCCUCGAGCGUCUCCGAGGGCUACGAAGAUGAUUCGGAAGACGACCUGAACUUCGCCGGCGACGGGUCGGAGUCGGCGGGGACGCCGGAGAGGACGUCGUCGUCGGCGACGGUGAUGGCGGACUUGAAGGCCAUCGCCAAUUGCAUGAUCUCUUCGGGCUACGGCAAAGAGUGCGUCAAGGUGUACAAGAUCGUUCGGAAGUCGGUGGUGGACGAGGCUCUGUACCUCCUCGGGCUAGACCGGACGCUGACUCACUCGCAGAUACAGAAGAUGGACUCGGAGGCUCUGGAGAAGAGGAUCAAGUGCUGGCUGCGAUCGGUCAAAUUCGCGGUGAACACGGUGUUCUACGGGGAGCGAAUCCUGUGCGACCACGUGUUCGCUUCCUCGCUCCCCAUCCGAGAGUCCUGCUUCGGCGAGAUCACGCGCGAGAACGCGGUCGCCCUGUUUGGUUUCGCGGAGAGCGUGGGCAAGUGCAAGAAAUCCCCGGAGUAGAUGUUCCGCUCGCUCGACUUGUACGAGGCCAUCGCCAACCUCUGGCCCGAGAUCGAGUCCAUCUUCUCGUACGACUCGUCCUCCGCCGUCCGAUCCCAGGCCGUCAACGCCCUCGUGAGGCUCGGCGACGCCGCGCGCCUGAUGCUCGCCGACUUCGAGGUGGCCAUCCAGAAGGACGCCUCCAAGGCCGCCGUCCCCGGCGGCGGGGUCCACCCGCUCACGCGCUACGUCAUGAACUACCUCAACCUCCUCGCCGACUACAGCGAGAUCCUCAGCGACAUAGUCGCCGACUGGCCAGUCGAGGCCGCCGUUUCCGACCUCGGCAGCGACACGUCGCCCAUCUCGGCGCGGCUCGCGUGGCUCGUGCUCGUGUUGCUGUGCAAGAUUAACGCGAAGGCCGAGCGGUACAAGGACGUGGCUCUGUCGUACCUGUUCUUGGCCAACAACCUCCAGUACGUCGUCGUCAAGGCCCGGCAGUCGAGGCUCCGGUACCUGCUCGGGGAGGAAUGGGUGGCGAAGCAAGAGGCGAAGGUGAAGCAGUACGCUGCGAACUACGAGAAGAUGGGGUGGAGCAAGGUGCUGGCCUCGCUGCCGGAGGCUCGACCGGCGGCGGAGAUGCCGGUGGACCACGCGAAGGACACCUUCCGCAGGUUCAACGCGGCCUUCGAGGAAACGUACAAGAAGCAGACCGGGUGGGUCGUGGCCGACCCGAAACUGAGGAACGAGAUGAAGGUGUCGCUCGCGAAGAAGCUGCUGCCGAGAUAUCGCGAGUUCUACGAGAAGCACGCGGCGCCGCUGAGGAGGGACACUUUCAGGGAGGGGAUUGUCAGGUUUGCCCCCGACGAUUUGGGGAAUUACCUCUCGGACCUAUUUCACGGGCCCGAGGGCUCGGGGAGCUUUUCGUCCGGGCACUCGUCCUCGACGGGCUCGUCGAAGAAAGGGCGGAGUCAUUGAUCCGUUGUUCUGACGUGUAUACAAACGUUUGAGAUGUAUAGAGACGGAAUAAUUUGUGAAGUUGAAAAAUUGUUAUUCUUUGAUUCAUCGAUCA